AAUAUAAUGGAGUUUGCAUCCUGAAAGGGGAAAUCAACGCUCAUAUCUCAUCAAUAAUUCAUAGAGUCCGGGAUCACGCAGAGGUCAGCAGACGGGGGCCGCAGCGCCGGCCUACGUGGGGCCCGCAUACAUUAUGCGCCGCCGGGCCGCUUGGCCGUCGCCGCCGCCCCAGGCCAGGGGCGGGGGCGAGCCAGGCCGACAGGUUCAGCCGGAUGUUACCUCCCUUCUUUUGGCGAAUUCACCGAGACCCAGAUUUCGGGCUCCACGGGGACGUGGAUGCAGGGGACGGCCGAGGGCCGGCCGAGGGCGACACGCGGAUGUGAUACCCGCGCGGCACCUCCGUUCCCAGCUUUUCUCUCUUUCCCUCCUACCCAUCUUUUUCCUUUUCUCUGCGGGGUAGGGCGUCGCCCGUCCUGCGCCUUCUCGCCCCCAGAAUAGCCCCCCGGGAGACGGACCGGCACUCCCCGCGGCCUCCUCUGGUUUCUCCGCUCUGGGUUCUCUGGUUUCGCUCCCUGGGCGGACGGGGCCGAGCCCACGCCGCUGCCGCCUGGGCUGCGGCCUCCGAGCGCCAGCUGGCUUAGAGGGCAGCGCGCCCUGCCCUGGGAGCCCGGGGGCCCGCGAGGAGAGGUCACCUCGAAAGCCCCGGGCCGGCUGGCCUCGCCACGGGGUGACCCCGGCCAGGCGGGGAGGUGGCGAGACAACGUGGACAGCAGCAUUUCGGGGGUGAUUUGGAAGGAGAGGGCCAGCGUGGCUGGCGUGUCCUCUUCGGGGGCAUUUGGAGGCACCGGGGAGGAGACUCUACAUCGGGAUUGUGCUCCUUCUCGGCUCGCUCGCUCUCUCUCCUCACCUCUGUCGAUUCGCUCUUUUCUGUUUUCCGACUCCCAAGAGCCCCUAGGGAAGGAGGAACGAAGCCUUCCCCGAGAGAGGAGGGAACCUGGGAGGCGGCAUCCGCGCGGAAGGGAAACCGAAAGCGCGCGGCUCGCCCGCCCGGCGGCCGCGCCGGCCGAGAGGCAGAGGCUGUAACGUCCCCGAGCUGCCAGUAGAGUCCGCCUUAGACCAAGUUCACAGCCGGGCUGGGGCCUCCGAAGCGCCAGCGAGCGGCCGCGCAAGGUGGCCCUGGGCCCCGCUGGGCCUCGCAUUGUUGGGACGCCAAGCCCUCCCUCCCGCCAGGUGGGGACGGGGGCCCACUCCGCUCCCGAGGAACCCCUGCUCCAAGCGCCCCCCGCUCUUCUCCCCUUCUCCAGCAAAUCUCCACAGACCGGCUGCUGGGGGAAAAAACUGUUAGCCGCCUCUCCCAGAUCUGCGAGGGGAGAAAAAUCGGACCAUAAAGUUGAAAACUUUUUUCUCUCAGUUUGGAAGAAGCCGUUCAUCAUGAGUGGGACCGGCGGCGCUCGGGCCACAGGAGGCGAGAGGUGCAGAGGAGGGGAGAUUUCUCGCCUGCCGCUCGCGCUGGGGCUCGAUGUGAAUAUAUAUUAUGUCUGCCUGUUCUCCCCUCGUCGGUGGCUAAGGUCAGCCGGUCGGAACAGACCCGGGAGGAGGGGGGCAGAAAGGGGAAGGGGGGGGGGGGUCCGGCGCGUCACGUGACCCCCCAGGGGUGCCAAUGUCCGGUCGUGAGGGUAUCAGGCCCCUGCAAGUUGCCACCCACUGCCCGGGCCUCGCCCAGCGAUGCAGAAAGCUACCUACUACGACAACGCGGCGGCUGCGCUCUUCGGAGGCUACUCCUCGUACUCUGGCAGCAAUGGCUUCGGCUACGACGGGCCCCCCCAGCCCCCCUUCCAGGCCGCCACGCACCUGGAGGGCGACUACCAGCGCUCAGCGUGCUCGCUGCAGUCCCUGGGUAACGGCGCCCCGCAUGCCAAGGGCAAGGAACUCAACGGCAGCUGCAUGAGGCCCGGCCUGGCCCCGGAGCCCCUGCCGGCGCCGCCGGGCUCGCCCCCGCCCAGCGCCGCACCUACCAGUACCACAAGCAACAGCAGCAAUGGGGGCGGACCCGGCAAAAGCGGGCCCCCCAAGUGCGGCCCUGGCUCCAACUCCACCCUCACCAAACAGAUAUUCCCCUGGAUGAAAGAGUCGAGGCAAACGUCCAAGCUGAAAAGCAGCUCCCCCGGCACAGCAGAGGGCUGCGGCAGCGGAGGCGGCGGCGGAGGUGGGGGCGGCGGUGGGGGCGGUGGCGGCGGCGGCGGCGGCGGGGGAGGGGACAAGAGCCCCCCGGGGUCAGCGGCGUCCAAGCGGGCGCGGACGGCAUACACGAGCGCGCAGCUGGUGGAGCUGGAGAAGGAGUUCCACUUCAACCGCUACCUGUGCCGGCCGCGCCGCGUGGAGAUGGCCAACCUGCUGAACCUCAGCGAGCGCCAGAUCAAGAUCUGGUUCCAGAACCGGCGCAUGAAGUACAAGAAGGACCAGAAGGCCAAGGGGCUGGCCUCGUCGUCGGGGGGCCCCUCCCCCGCCGGCAGCCCCCCGCAACCCAUGCAGUCCACGGCCGGCUUCAUGAACGCCUUACACUCCAUGACCCCCAGCUACGAGAGCCCGUCCCCACCCGCCUUCGGCAAAGCCCACCAGAACGCCUACGCGCUGCCCGCCAGCUACCAGCCGCCCCUCAAGGGCUGCGGCGCCGCGCAGAAGUACCCCCCGACCCCGGCACCGGAGUACGAGCCCCACGGCCUCCAAGCCAACGGGGGCGCCUACGCGACGCCCACCCUGCCGGGCAGCCCGGUGUACGUGGGCGGGGGCGGCUACUCGGAUCCGCUGCCGCCCCCUGCCGGCCCCUCCCUCUACAGCCUCAACCACCUGUCCCACCACCCCUCGGGGAACCUGGACUACAACGGGGCGCCCCCUAUGGCCCCCAGCCAGCACCAUGGACCCUGCGACCCCCACCCCACCUACACAGACCUCUCCUCUCACCAUGCGCCUCCUCCUCCACCUCCUCCUCAGGGUAGAAUCCAAGAAGCGCCCAAGUUGACACACCUGUGAUGGCGGAGGAAGGGCCGAGGGAUGGGGUCAAGGGCGAGGUGCGAGGAGGGGCCUCCUGCAGGUCUGGAAAAAGGGGACGGGGCGCUGGCGGCCGAGUGGCCCGGGAGCUCUUUCCCCUCCCCCGGCCUCAGGGGCUGCAUUGAAGUCCCUCGCCCGUUCUUCCAUCUGCCUGCCAACCCAUGGGAGAGGACUCCACGGCAGAUUGGAGAUGACCCCGUCAGCCUGGGGGGGGGGGGGGGACGCUCCAGCACUACCAAGCUGGAAUUCCAUGCUGAGGAGCAGGGUAGAGAAGGAUGAAAUAGGAAAACAAGGCAGAGAAGCACAUUUUUUUUUCUUUUUAAAGAAAACACACAGAUAAGAUGGCUAGGCCAUCCCCAAACGGUUGACUCACCUUCCACCUCUGUGGGUAAUUGCCCCAAAUCUUGAUUUUUCUCUCCCCACCCCCACCCUCAACUCUCCUUAAGAAAAUCAGAAGACACACGUGAACCCCGGGGGAGUAUACCCCCCACCCACAAGUCUGCUCCCAUUUAGCUGAGGUUGUGGGGGGGGGGGCACUGCCUCCAUUUCUAGGCCCAUGUUUUUCUGCUCUGGGACAUUCGUGUCCACCCUCACGCCGUCAGUCACAGUUUGCAGAGGGCUCAGGGAUGGUGAGAGAUCCUGAAAGUCAGAGCUAUAUGAGAAAUAUAUAUAUUUUUUUCUGUUCAGGAAGUUAGGAGGCUAGCGCAGGCCAGUUGUCAGGAUGCCUCCAGGUUCAGCUCCAGGGCCCACCCCCACCUCCGUGGCAAGCCACUGGCCGCAGGAGGUUCUCCGCUUUUCUUUUCUUCUGUUGCUCUCUUUGACUUAACGUGAAAACAGGGUAUAUUUGAACAAACUGUCUGUCCCAGGCGGGGCUGCCGCUGGGCCUGUGUACCUUGCUCAGCCUCCUGACGGACACUUCUGUUGCACUUAGAGUUUACAUUUUAAUGGAUAUAAAAACUGUGAGAGAUGCCCGGGCCUGCAGAAGUCCAGCGUCGCUCAAAAAGCGUGUGUUCUAGUGAACAUUUUCAUAUAUAUUUAUUGGUUAUAGCCUGUUAAGCUAUUUUCUUUUUUGUAUUAUUUAUCCCCUUACAUUAUGUAUUUAUAUAAGGGAAAAAAAGGAAAAAUUGUACUUUUUUAGUAUUUACUUGUUAUAAAGGACGUUGUGUUUCCUGUCAUGUAAGACCAGAUAUUUUAGUUGAUUGUACUCUAGGAAAGAGCUGUAGAUUUAUGUUAAACUCGUACUUAUGAGCAAUUGUAAUUAGUUCUAAAAGGCAUGAACUCAGCUCCUGAUUGUCACUGUGUAGUCCUGAAUUUGUAGAAUUAGAGCCAGUUCCCUCUUGGAAGUUACUUUGUUCUUCUGUAGUUACUUUUUUCCUUACUGGAAAGGGUUGUCUGUCAAACAAUUCUUGAAUAAACUUUCUGUUAUCAAUUUUA